CCGGCGGCGGCGAUCAAGGCGUUGAAGAGGAGCCGGCGGAAGAAGAGUUAGUGCCAGCGGCUCGGCCGCGGAGGAACAACGUCCGGGUCAGCGACUAUCACCUAUUCUGCAAGAUGAGUAACAGCCACCCUCUUCGCCCCUUUACUGCGGUUGGGGAAAUCGAUCAUGUGCACAUAUUGUCUGAACAUAUUGGUGCCUUGUUGAUUGGGGAAGAAUAUGGUGAUGUCACCUUCGUUGUGGAAAAAAAACGUUUUCCUGCUCAUAGGGUCAUUUUAGCAGCAAGGUGCCAAUAUUUUCGGGCAUUACUGUAUGGUGGAAUGCGAGAAUCUCAGCCUGAAGCAGAAAUCCCUCUUCAAGAUACCACUGCCGAAGCUUUUACUAUGCUACUUAAAUACAUCUAUACUGGGCGAGCAACUCUGACAGAUGAGAAGGAGGAGGUGCUGCUGGACUUUUUGAGCCUAGCUCAUAAAUAUGGAUUUCCAGAGUUGGAGGAUUCUACCUCCGAGUAUCUCUGCACCAUACUUAACAUUCAGAAUGUCUGUAUGACUUUUGAUGUUGCCAGUCUAUACUCACUUCCCAGGUUGACUUGUAUGUGUUGUAUGUUCAUGGACAGAAAUGCUCAAGAGGUGCUCUCAAGUGAAGGUUUCCUUUCUCUCUCCAAGACAGCACUUUUAAACAUUGUAUUAAGAGAUUCAUUCGCAGCUCCUGAGAAGGAUAUUUUUCUAGCUUUAUUAAACUGGUGUAAACACAAUUCAAAGGAGAAUCAUGCUGAAAUCAUGCAGGCUGUACGGUUACCUCUGAUGAGCCUUACUGAACUUCUGAAUGUUGUGAGACCUUCGGGACUGUUGUCUCCUGAUGCCAUUCUGGAUGCUAUUAAAGUUCGAUCAGAGAGCCGGGAUAUGGACCUCAAUUAUAGAGGCAUGCUCAUACCAGAAGAAAACAUAGCAACUAUGAAGUAUGGAGCCCAGGUUGUAAAAGGAGAGCUGAAAUCUGCUUUGCUAGAUGGUGAUACUCAAAAUUACGAUUUGGAUCAUGGAUUUUCUAGGCAUCCAAUUGAUGAUGACUGCCGUUCUGGCAUUGAGAUUAAGCUAGGCCAGCCGUCCAUUAUUAAUCACAUAAGGAUACUCCUGUGGGACCGUGAUAGCAGGUCUUAUUCAUACUUCAUUGAGGUGUCCAUGGAUGAACUUGAUUGGAUCAGAGUGAUUGAUCAUUCGCAGUAUCUAUGUCGUUCUUGGCAAAAGUUAUAUUUUCCAGCCCGGGUCUGUAGAUAUAUUCGAAUAGUUGGAACUCACAACACAGUGAACAAGAUUUUUCACAUUGUGGCUUUUGAAUGUAUGUUUACAAACAGAACCUUCACACUUGAGAAGGGACUGAUAGUUCCCAUGGAAAAUGUUGCAACAAUUGCUGAUUGUGCCAGUGUGAUUGAAGGAGUAAGUCGAAGCCGAAAUGCUUUGCUGAAUGGAGACACUAAGAAUUAUGAUUGGGAUUCUGGCUAUACAUGUCAUCAGCUAGGAAGUGGUGCAAUUGUGGUUCAACUGGCACAGCCCUACAUGAUAGGGUCAAUACGACUAUUACUUUGGGACUGUGAUGACCGAAGCUAUAGCUACUAUGUUGAGGUUUCUACCAACCAGCAACAAUGGACCAUGGUGGCUGACAGAACUAAAGUAUCCUGCAAGUCCUGGCAAUCUGUGAGUUUUGAAAGACAACCUGCCUCCUUCAUCCGAAUUGUGGGGACACACAACACAGCGAAUGAGGUGUUCCACUGUGUCCACUUCGAGUGUCCAGAGCAACAGAACAACCAGAAGGAAGAAAACGGCGAGGAAGUGGGAACUGGGGACCCCAGCCCAUUGGGUCAGCAGCUCGACCCCCAUGCCCUACAGGCACCCAACGGCAACUCCCUGCCUGCCAGUCCAGGCACUGCUGCCUCUCGCUCCCCCAGUCGGCAACGCCAAUAAAGGAGGUGCAGAUGCGGAGUGGCUGGGGCCAGAAGCGGUGUUUGCCCGAGCUGGGAUCUUUAGUGGCCACCGUGGCUUGGCCCUAUCCAGGGAAAGGCAGACCUGGAGGCCAAAGGGGACAGAACAGUCUGCCAAGGACCCUCAGUCUCUUCCAGGGGAGUCAAAGGGUCUUGAGUCUUCAUCAGCCCAUCCUUCCCACCCUACCUCUGACCUCACCCGUGACAGAAGCAAUGUUGGGUCCCAGGCAGCUAGUCAGGGCUCACAGCAUCCUGGUAAUGAAAUGAAUCUCCUUUUUUUUUUUUUGUCAUUCUCCAUUUGCUGGAUCAUAGGUGUUCCAGGUCUUUUAAAAAUGUGCAAAGAGCACAUCCCUGUUUAAUCCCAUUCCUCCCUCUAGUUCUUCUCUCAGGCUGGAGCAGAGACACACGCAUGGCUCCUGGGCUGACAGGAGCCUUCUUUGGGGCAGUUCUGCAGAUACACCACGAGCUGCUCAAUCUGUGGGCUCUGCUGUUCAGAACGGCUUGGAUUGCACCUGCCUCUGACCUAGUCACUAAGUUCGCUGCAGUCGGCCAAAAUCUCUGGCGACUGCCAGUGGGCAUCGCUUCAGCAUCGGUACG